AUGCAAAGAAAAUAUGAAAUGGUAUAUACAAGGGUUGGUGUUUGGAUACCUCAGUGUCCCCCAAAGAACUGGGAGACUAGGUCGUGGUCUGGAGAUGGGAGACGGCCAUCAGGAGCGCUCCACUGCAACUGGGGUUGCCUCUUGCGGCUCACUCGAUCGAGCUUGCUCUUGACUCGAUCGAGUUGUGCUCGAGUUGGCCACUCGUCCUUCCUAAAACCUGCUCCUGCCGGGGUUGGAUCUUCUAGAGGAGUGAUGAUCUCCUCUGUGGGGGUCAUUCCUAGAUAUGGCUUGCAUCUAUGUCCAUUCACUGUGAAUUCCUUCCCCUCUUGA